UCUGGAAGAAAAGCAGCCCCUCCUGGUCUGGAAAAGCACACAUGGGAUGAGAUGUAGGGCAGGAGGAAUGUAGACACGCUCCAAACCGGGACAUUUCUUCCACUAAGCCCCGCCGGUGAUCGAGUGUGUGGUGCUGAAGCUGGCGGCCUGGACGGUGCUGGAUGCGGAGACGCUGAUGCCGGGCCGCAGCUCCCCGCCCCGGACCAAGGAGACCCCACUAACCCGAGCCAGAGAGCAGCACGCCGGUCGGAUCCGGCCUGAGAUCGCGGGGGCCCGGCGGUGGGAGGAGGCGGGAUGUUCUGAUUAGAGAAGCCGCCGAGCAGCCUCGCCUGACGGGAUGAUGAAGGCGAAGAGCCGGAGGCAGACGCUGCUUCUCCCGCGGCUGUGCGUCGGCGGGCUCGGUCUGCUCGCAGCCGUCUGGAUCUCCCACGUUACAGGCUCUCUUGACCAAACGGUGGGUCUGGAAAUAUACAAGAGAGAAUCCCUCCCGCUAAAACAGAUUGCUAUCAAUGAGUUUCCAGAGGACAUCUUUACUCAGAAUCAGAGGAGCGGGGGAGCGGUGCUUCUUCAUGUUCUUUGUGCUAUCUACAUGUUUUAUGCACUGGCCAUAGUGUGUGAUGUUUAUUUUGUGCCAUCACUGGAGAAAGUGUCAGAGAACCUUCAGCUCAGUCAGGAUGUUGCCGGGGCAACGUUCAUGGCAGCUGGCAGCUCCGCCCCUGAGCUCUUCACUUCUCUGAUUGGGGUGUUUAUCACAAAGGGAGAUGUUGGCGUUGGAACUAUUGUGGGUUCAGCUGUUUUUAACAUGCUGGUCAUCAUCGGCCUUUGUGGCAUCUUUGCAGUACAGCCCAUCACUCUAAGCUGGUGGCCUCUGUUCAGGGAUGCUGUUUUCUACAUCAUAUCCAUAUUGGUGCUUAUUCUGGUGAUCUAUGAUGAAAAAGUCGUGUGGUGGGAGACCAUCAUCCUAAUGUCCAUGUAUGGGAUCUAUAUUCUCAUCAUGAAGUUCAACACAUCUCUUUGUAGCCUGGUAGAGAGACACUGCAGAGUGGACACUCUGACGUGCCUGAGCAUUCUGCGCCGGACAACUGCUGUUGGAAACACAGGAGAUUGUGACAACGACCUGGUGCCGCUGAAGCCAGACUCGUGUGUGGUGGCCGGGCAAGACUCAGCAUUGGUGAUGGUGGAUGAGCUUGUGAAUCUGCAACCAGAUCAGCCCCCCGUCUCAGAGACGCAGAGGUUGAUUCGCACUCAGGUGAGCUCGGAGGAGGGCGCAGCUUCAGGGGAGGAAGGCCUGGGUGCAAGUGGAAGCUGGGGGAAGGAGAACGGGACGGGGGCUGACGGGGACAGACAAUCACAGGAGGGAGAAAGGGAGAGGGUACAGGAGACGGACGAAGAGAAGGGUGAUGGUGCAAAGCCAAAAGAUGAAGAGGAGGAAGAGGAAGAGCAGGAGGAAGGAGAAGAGGAGAAUGUUCCUUUCAAACCCUUUGGCCUGUCAGAUGGGUGGUGUGUGUGGCUGAAGUGGCUGGUCUCGUGGCCGGUGAGCGCGCUACUUCAUUGCACCAUCCCCGACUGCAGCCAGCCGCGAUGGGAACGCUGGUACCUGCUCACCUUCCUGUCCUCCACACUCUGGAUAGCGCUCUUCUCCUACCUCAUGGUUUGGAUGGUGACCAUAAUCAGCUACACACUUGGGAUCCCAGAUGUCAUCAUGGGCAUCACUUUUCUGGCAGCUGGCACCAGCGUUCCUGACUGCAUGGCCAGCCUCAUUGUUGCCCGAGAAGGACUGGGUGACAUGGCUGUGUCCAACUCCGUUGGCAGUAAUAUCUUUGAUGUCCUGCUGGGUUUGGGGUUCCCCUGGGCACUGCGGACUCUCAUAGUCAGCUAUGGAUCUGUGGUGACAAUCAACAGCAGAGGUCUGGUGUAUUCAGUGAUUCUGUUGUUGGCCUCUGUCACUCUUACUGUGCUGUGUGUCCAUCUGAAUCACUGGAAGUUGGACCGCAGGCUGGGCCUCUAUCUUCUACUGCUCUAUACCUUGUUCCUCCUCUGCUCUGUCGUCUUUGAAAACCUGUAGAGGACGCACACAAAAUACACACUUAAGCAGACAGGUGGCCAAACUUGUUUUCCAUCCUCUCUGCUGCCAUUAAGCGUACAUUGAGAUGAAUUUUAGUUUCAUUCCAGUGUCAGUAGAUGUUUGAGCAGAGUAGCGAUGACACCAGAUGUCAACAUUGUUUACCUUUGAUAAAUGAGUAUUUUACAUAGUUUUGUACCUUAGCACCUCCAAGUCAGAUUUUGUGAAGCCAGACCUAACUAGCAAUGUUCUUUGCAUCACACCAAACAAAACAAUCAAAAGCAACAACAACAUAUUUAAUUUGUAUUCUAAGACCAAAAACACUACAUAGGGAUCCCCAAGGUGUUUUAAUUUACUUGUUACUUUAUAAAUGCCACAUGAAACCUCAAUGAGAAGAUGAUCAUACAUGUAAGAUUAUAUGCUCGCUUCUUAGUUUGUGCACUUAUCUUAUGUUUAAUUUCACAGUUUGCAUCACACAUUUGUGUCUGUGGCUGUCAUUGGUACUAGCAUGGCUGAUCAAAAAAAUUAAAAUAACCACAUUUGGCAACUGUUGUCUUUGCCUUGUGCACCAUACACCCCCCUGUUUCCUUAAAGCAUCUCAGUGCAGAGGUUCUUUUUCUAAGUGUUUUUGAAUGUCUGCUUGGAGAGUCCUAGAGAUAUGUACUUGAGGAGUGAGUGCAAUAAAACACUU